CCAGCCCUGACCGUUUUCCAGGGAAGAUCUUGAGGAGAGACACCAGCAUCCAGCACCCCACCCUGCCCAAAAGGCCUCAGGUUUCAGACUGAAGCCUUCAAUUGUUCAGCCAUUUUUAUUCCCUUUUUGAGGGCAUUUCUCCCCUUCCCCUGCUGCUGCCCUCCCAUCCCAGGGUUCCAUUGAGUUUAGUGUCCUCCUCUCUUGGGGGAAGGUCCUGGUGCCCAAACAUCUGGUCUGGAGGAAGAUAAGCAAGCACCUAGUCCCUUGAGGGUUGUGGUCUCCUCUGUAAUGGGGAAUGGUGUUGUCCACUAUUAUUCAGAGCUCCAUUAUGUCCCCAGCUGGGGUUGUAGGGUAGUGGGGACCAGGGGUGUCUCCCAGCCUCAGCAGCCGAAGAGCCUCUGGGAUUAAAUUCCCAGGAUAGCGCCAGAGAAGUAGUUCUGAACAAGGACUCCUGGAAGAAGAAAUGACAGUCAAGGCACUGGGCUGAAAGCUGGCCUAGACCUGAGUCCAGGUUCCUAGGAGUCAAGAUGUGAAUCAGCACAGAAGUUGGCUAGAAGUUAAAAAUAGCAUGAUGAGACAGGGUAGGAUGAGUGGCAGCUCUGAGGACCGGGUGUGAUCCUCUAGAAGACUUAGUGUAGAUGCCUACCUCAGUGAGGACAGGGCUGGUGGGAAAGCCAUGGGGGGGCUGCAGUAAGGGUGGUCAUUAUGUAGGCUGAGUCGAGAGAAGUAGGUGGCCAUGUUUUCCUCAGACAGGAACUGCUUUCGCAAGGGCUCCCUGGGAAGAGAUGGGGAGGAAGGCAGGCAGGGAUAAUGAGAGGGGAGGUAGCCUGAUGGGCAUCAGAGAACACUGAUCUUAUUGGAAGUCCUCCCUGCCCUCAAACUCACUGCUCCUUCUCCAGGCGCUGCUUGGUGCUCAUAGGCAUAGCUCCUGGGAGAGGGGAGCUGGGAAAAAGAGCCAGGAGCACCCCACCCUCUCGGUCCCUUCCCAAAGAUCUAUCCACCUGAGCCUGCAGCAUCAGCACCUGAGUUCCCAGUCCAUUUCUGUUUUGGUGGCAUCUAAGCCACCCCUUCUGGUCGUCAAACAGCGUAUCUGCCAAGUCUAAACCCUAAGCUCCUAGCCUCAUCCCUACCCCGCUGUUUGGCCCACCCUGUAUCAACCCUCAGGCGGGCCAUGGGUCCCCAGCCAAGGCUCCUGCGCUCCACAGUCCGACCAACCCAGGGAUCCCGUUCGUACCUGGUGUCCAGGCCUCGAGUCACCCCUGAGGCGGUCCGCGGGUCUUGCAGGGCCCCACCUGGGGGGACCCGCUCCAGGGGUUGCUGCAGGAUCAUUGGGGUUUGGGGUACUAAGGCAGGAGGGGUGGGAUCCGGGUGACAGGGGCGGAGCCUCCGAGGGCGUGGCCCACCGCGAGGGGCGUGGUAUCAGGCGCGCGCAGUGGCGAGGCCUGCGCAAGCGCGGAAGACCAACGGCGCGUGGCUGGAAGGCGGCUUGGUUCGGCGGGUUGGGGGAAGGGGUCCCAACGUAGCAGGGCAGCGGCGGGUGCCACUUAGUGUCGGGGGACUUCGCGGCGCUCUCCUCUGUUCUUCGGGUGCGGGAGGAACGUGCGGGCCACUUUUCGCGCCCUGCCGACCGGCAGUGUUAAGACACUGGGAACAGCGGAAGGGAGCCACUCCGGGCACAUCCGGAGUCGGAAGGCGACGUUGCGCGCGGAGCACUCUGGGACUAGUAGUUCCUGAGAUGGAGCGCCCUGCCCCGCUAGCGGUACCUCUGGGUCAGACAGAAGUGUUUCAGGCCCUGCAGCGACUGCACAUGACCAUCUUCUCCCAGAGUGUCUCACCCUGUGGGAAAUUCCUGGCGGCAGGCAACAAUUAUGGACAGAUUGCUAUCUUCAGCUUGUCCGCUGCUUUGAGUUCAGAGGCCAAAGAGGAAAGCAAGAAACCUGUGGUGACCUUCCAAGCCCAUGAUGGGCCCGUUUACAGCAUGGUUUCCACUGAUCGACACCUGCUGAGUGCUGGAGAUGGGGAGGUGAAGGCCUGGCUUUGGGCAGAGAUCCUCAAGAAGGGCUGUAAGGAAUUGUGGCGUCGUCAGCCCCCAUACAGGACCAGUCUGGAAGUACCUGAGAUCAAUGCCUUGCUGCUUGUCCCCAAGGAGAAUUCCCUCAUCCUGGCUGGGGGAGACUGUCAGUUGCACACUAUGGACCUUGAAACUGGGACCUUCACGCGGGCCCUCCGGGGCCACACAGACUACAUCCAUUGCCUGGCACUGCGGGAACGCAGCCCUGAGGUGCUGUCAGGUGGUGAGGAUGGGGCUGUGAGACUCUGGGACCUCCGCACGGUCAGAGAGGUGCAGACGAUCGAGGUCUACAAGCACGAGGAGUGCUCAAGGCCGCACAAUGGGCGCUGGAUCGGAUGCUUGGCCACUGACUCAGACUGGAUGGUCUGUGGCGGGGGCCCAGCCCUCACCCUCUGGCACCUCCGGUCCUCCACACCCACCACCAUCUUUCCCAUGCGGGCACCACAGAAGCAUGUUACCUUCUACCAGGACCUGAUUCUGUCAGCUGGCCAGGGCCGCUGCGUCAACCACUGGCAGCUGAGCGGAGAGCUUAAGGCCCAGGUGCCUGGAUCCUCCCCGGGAUUGCUCAGCCUUAGCCUCAACCAGCAGCCAGCAGCCCCUGAGUGCAAGGUCCUGACAGUUGCUGGCAGUAGUUGCCGGGUGGAUGUUUUCACCAACCUGGGCUACCGAGCGUUCUCCCUGUCCUUCUGACAUCUGACGACACACCCCCAUCCCAGGGAUUUGGAGUGUUUUUCUUUUUUCUUUCUUUCUUUCUUUUUUUUUUUUUUUUUAAACAAUAAAGU